UCUGUACUUGCCCCAGAUCCCAGCUCGAAUAGAGAGGCCUCCCCUAGAUUGAAUUCUAAAGAAUUGAGGAGGGCGAUGGCAUUCUUGCUCGAAUCGCCACAAGUUCUCACUCCGCCUGCUAUGGUGGAAUUCAUGACAAUGAUAAUGCUUGUAGCUUCGGGUUUGGAGUUGCAGGCGUCAAUGUUGAAGGUGCAAUUCUUUGGAAUGAUAUAUUCCUUUGAUCCUAUGUCGUGCCAUGUUGUUUUGAUGAUGUAUUUGCAUUUUUUAGAUGCAUUUUUUAGAUUUCAGCUGCUGAAAUGGCUUUCCAAAUGGUUACCUUCGGGAAGCACAGAAACUGCUGUAGCUUUCCGUGCCUUCCAUAAAUUCAUUCUGUCUCAAGACUCGAACACUGAUAAAAUUAUUGUGGAUUCUAGCAUCUUCCCUAUGUUGCAGUCGCCACGAUUUUCUCAUGACCUCAAGAAAUGCAUGAACAUCUCAUCCUAUAUACAUUUAAAACGAAAAAUCCCCUUAAACUAUCAAAGAUCAGGUACAAGUACAAAGGGUGGUCUGGUUCUGGUAGCAGUUGAAUUGGAACCAAGGGAGCCCACACCAGGGCUCGUUGAUGUCUCAAUUGAAUCUACAGCAGGAAGUGGCCAGAUGAUUCGUGGUCAGCUUCAGAGUAUCUCAGUAGGACUCGAAGAUUUGUUUCUUAAAGCCGUAAUCCCAUCAGACAUCUCAACGGAUGAAAUCCCAAGUUCUUAUUCAGAUUUAUUCAAUGACCUCGGCAGUACCUAUCUUGAUAGAGGCCCGCUACGUCUUACAUAUUUUUCAACCGAAGACGAAACGGGAAGUCCAAUCAGUAGCCAUAAGAGAAACAUGGGUCACUUCCAUAUUUUGAUAUUUCUUCCACCAAGGUUUCACCUUCUUUUCCAGGUGGAAGUUUCAGAUUUUUCAACUUUAGUUCGAAUUCGAACCGAUCACUGGCCCUGCUUGGCUUACGUUGAUGAUUAUUUGGAGGCCCUGUUUCUUGCAUAGAGGAAAUCAAUCGGUUUCUCUAUCACCUUGACAGACUUUAUCUAGAUAUUUCAUUCGGUUUUGCUGUAGAAAUUUGCAAGAUCCAUGGAUACUUUCUUUUGCAGACGGAGGGUAUUUUUUUCAGAAACCCACAGUAGAUAUACAAAACUAGUAAAUACUUCUGUAGUUUCUGCUCAAACUGUAUUCUUUCUAUGUGCACGAAAGGAGGCUGAUAAAUUCUUUUCGUAGUUAAUUAAUUACGUGUGGUUUAGCUUUUUUCUAAGUUGGGUCUUUAAUCUUUAUGUCAGAGGCUGCAAACGCCAUUUUAUGUCAGAGGCUGAUAAGACACUAGAAUCAGUUUGCCUUUCUGUGAAUUGCAGACGCCAUUUUCUUUGGCUUUCUAUUAUGUUUAUUGGAGACUGGAGGGGCAGUAUACAAAGAAAAA